UUCGUGCAGAAGGAGCUGGGAGCGUUUUGUGCUCUGUGUGUCUGAGUGCUGUGUUUACUUAUGUUAUUUUUUUAACUACUAUUAUAGUUAUUUUUAAACUUCAAGUCGGAUUUAUUUUAAACUCGUGACGGAUUAUUUUUGUACUCUUCACAGCCGGGUGGAAUGUGUGUGUUACCGUACACACCUAUGUAUGUGGAUGGAUGUUUAUUAAUAGGAUAAGCGGUAUGAGUGAGUGAGUGCGACCGACCGGGCUUUAUUCUCCUCUGUUCGCUUCCGUGAUUGUGAUUAUUACUAUUACAAGCAUUACUAGCCCUCAAACGUGCGUUGCCUAGGCUACGAGCCGCGGGGAAAUUUUCGAAGACCGGCGGAUGUGCACCGGAAGGAGCCCCAUCUACUGAGCCACGCGCUGCCCUUGUUUUUUCCGCCUUCUUAUUUAAGGUCAGGAGUGUGAGGGUUCAGCAGUGAGGCUCUCACCGUGGCCUGACGCUGGAAUCAAUGCCGGGAAGUCGUUGUCCUCCUCAGGCAGCCUAGUGACGGUUCAAAAAGUAGCAAGCUGGCUUUUGGAAAUGAACCAGGACCUGCUGGUUCCCGAACCUGCGCCGGAGCCAGAACCUGAACCCGGACACAUGAACCGCGAGCGAGAACCUCCGCACCGGAGAAGAGAGCGAGGAGAGGAGGAUGAGGACGAGGACGACGAAGAGGAGGAGCGAGAGCGAGCCGCAGAGGCGGAAGAAGUGGAAGAGGAGCCCUGGCCUUCGGGGAGGGAGUCGGUGAGCCGGAAUGAGGGAGCAGAAGAAGGCAGGAGAGAGGAAGUGAACGGAGGAGAGAAAGCUGUCCAGUGGUUGUGGGAGCAGGAGCAGAGGAGGCGGCGGCGGAGACGGAGGAACGAUGACGAGGAAGAGGAGGAGAACAACAAUCACCACCAUGGUGAUGGAGGAGGAGAUGGAGGAGGAGGACGGGUACGGACAGGACUGCGCUCCGAGGAAGACGAGGAGGAUGGAGAGAGAGAGGAGGAGGAAGAGAUGGACCAGGAGAGCGAUGAGUUUGAAGCGUCGGAGGACAGCGCGAGGGAGGAGGACGAGGAAGCGGAGGAGGACGAGGAAGCAGAGACGGGACUUCACUCUUCUUCAGUCAAGACUGUAGCGUCCGAUCCGAACGAUAACGCCGAUGUCCAGUCAGGACGACAGAACCAAAGCUCAUCUUCAUCUCCGCACACACAUCCUCAGAUGAAGAGGAAGUUGGACCAUGGACCUGAAGUUCGGCCGUUCCCUUCAGGAAAAAAGCCUUGUCCAAGUCCGACGGGUGUGGUCCCGUAUCCAUCUACUCCCACUACAUUUGGUGACUUGAGAGCUGCUAAUGGACAAGGACAGCAGAGACGCCGCAUCACCACCGUCCCGCCUCCGACAGGCUUACAGGAAUGGCUCCGUACCUUCCAGAGUUGGAGCGGGCCGGAGAAGCUCUUGGCGCUGGAUGAGUUGAUUGACAGCUGUGAGCCGACGCAGGUGAAGCACAUGAUGCAGGUGAUCGAGCCGCAGUUCCAGAGAGACUUCAUCUCCCUACUGCCCAAAGAGUUGGCUCUGUAUGUUCUGUCCUUCUUGGAGCCGAAGGAUUUGCUCCAGGCUGCUCAGACGUGUCGAUACUGGCGAAUCCUUGCGGAAGACAACCUGCUCUGGAGAGAAAAGUGCAGAGAAGAAGGUAUUGAUGAACCGUUACACAUCAAGAGGAGGAAGGUGGUGAAGCCGGGGUUCAGUCACAGCCCAUGGAAGAGCGCCUACAUCAGACAACACCGCAUCGACACCAACUGGAGGAGAGGAGAGAUCAAAUCACCGAAGGUGUUGAAAGGGCACGAUGAUCACGUCAUCACGUGUCUGCAGUUUUGUGGGAAUCGUAUCGUUAGCGGUUCGGACGAUAACACGCUCAAAGUGUGGUCUGCAGUCACGGGAAAGUGUUUGCGGACGUUAGUCGGACACACGGGCGGUGUUUGGUCCUCUCAGAUGAGAGACAACAUCAUCAUCAGUGGCUCAACAGACCGAACUCUGAAAGUGUGGAACGCAGAGACGGGAGAGUGUAUUCACACGCUGUACGGACACACGUCCACCGUGCGCUGCAUGCACCUCCACGAAAAGAGGGUGGUGAGUGGCUCUCGGGAUGCGACCCUGCGUGUGUGGGAUAUUGACUCGGGUCAGUGUUUGCACGUGCUGAUGGGUCACGUCGCAGCGGUGCGCUGUGUGCAGUACGACGGACGCCGCGUGGUCAGCGGAGCCUACGACUUCAUGGUCAAAGUGUGGGACCCUGAGACCGAGACGUGCUUACACACACUGCAGGGACACACCAACCGGGUCUACUCACUACAGUUUGACGGCAUCCACGUGGUCAGCGGUUCUUUAGACACGUCCAUCCGCGUGUGGGACGUUGAGACGGGGAACUGCAUACACACACUGACGGGUCAUCAGUCCCUCACCAGCGGCAUGGAGCUCAAAGACAACAUCCUGGUGUCGGGGAACGCCGACUCGACUGUCAAAAUCUGGGACAUAAAGACAGGACAGUGUCUCCAAACGCUGCAAGGUCCUCAUAAGCACCAGAGCGCCGUGACGUGUCUGCAGUUCAACAAGAACUUUGUGAUCACGAGUUCGGACGACGGCACGGUGAAGCUGUGGGAUUUGCGCUCGGGAGAUUUCAUCCGGAACCUGGUGAGCCUGGAGAGCGGCGGCAGUGGCGGAGUCGUGUGGAGGAUCCGGGCCUCCAACGUGAAGCUGGUGUGCGCCGUGGGCAGCAGGAACGGCACCGAGGAGACCAAACUGCUCGUGCUCGACUUCGACGUCGAACUCAAGUGAACUGGACAUGAAGUGAAGGGAGAGGAAGAACGGCGGGGCGAGGCGGGAGGGCAGGAUCGGGCCUCCUUGCGCAGCUCCGCCACUGGACCCACCACUGCUCACCGUUCCUGCCAUGAAUCGCCUCUUUAGUGACCGCUGGCUGCUGCGAUUUAUUUUGGGGGGUGGGGUGGGGGUUAUGCUUCUUUUAAAAAAUAAUAAUAAUAAUAAAUAAAAAUAAAAAAUAAAAAGUGGGCGGGGCACAAGUGAUCACGCGAAGGAGCAACGGGAAGUGCGCCUCCUUGCGCAGCUCCGAGUCUGGACCCACCAUAUAGAGGCAUCACCUCCUCCAUCUUUAGAAGGGGGUGGGAGCAGGAACGAGGAGGCGGGGCCUCUGCAUUUUGGGAAGGAAGGCUUCCUCAUGCAGCUCCAUGAUUGGAUGAUUGGCAUCUGCUUGUCUGGUCCCUUUUUGGGGUUCUGUGCAGCAAAGUGUUCUGGGAAGGAACGGGGUGUGUUUUUUUUUUUUUUGGUUCCCCCCCCCUCCCCACUCCCUUUCUCACAGCCUUUCUCGCUCAGAGACUUGCUAAUUCGAGCCUGCACGCCCCAGACAGCACCAUCUCUUGAUUUUUGUUUGUUGUGGGUUUUUUUUUUGUUUUGUUUUUCUUUUUAAACCGAUACGAACAAGUCGACACUGUAUGCAUGACGUGAGCAAGGAAGCUGAGUUGACGCAGGCGAUGGUGAACGAUGACGAAUGCACACAGGUUUAGAGUUUUUAACAGGAUGGAGAAAAGAGUUUUGAAAUUUAAAUGUGAGGAUUUCACACACACACACACACACACACACACACACACACACACACACACACACACACACACACACAGGACCCUGGAUAUGUGUGAGAGAACCUGCUUUUUUCUGGCUUGUUCUUUCUUCUUCUUGUAUCUCACCCACCUGACACACACACACACACACACCGAUUAUUUAGUGUUCAAUGCACAACUGUGAAUUUGUCUUUAUUUUUUUUUCCCACACAAAUCAGCGUUUGGUGUUCUUGUUGUGUUUCAUUUUCUCUCCACCGUUACCUCUACGUCGAGUCUCAGUAUUAACUUAAAGACAGUCUGGCAUAAAAGAUCUGUACACACUCAUCUGUUCCUCUCCUCCUGAAUGUAGUUGAUCAGACAAAGGCGUGUUAAUGUGGCUGAUAAAAAGGAAGAGGAGUGCUGCUGCCCGGUUAGCGUUGUGCAAACUGCAUGUCUAACUCAUCACAUUCGCCUCAAAAGACAUCAAUCACAUGAUGCUAAGCUGGAGGGUGUACGGUCUUCAUGGUUAUUAGCCACGUUAGCGUUAUAAGACACAAACUUCACACAUCAUACUUGGAUAUUUGGGCUCAAGGAGGAAAAUGAUUCGUCCUUACGAUUAUUUUGUGUUCGAUCUGCGUCUUUAAGUGCUGUACCACAUCCUCAGCGCGGUUUUGUUUCUGUUGUCGCUGUUCUCUGUUUAAGCUUCCUCAUGUUGGCUCAGAACCGUUGCUUCAUGGGAGAUUAGAAAUUAAAAUUGUUUUAUUUUAUAUAUCAGCCCCUUGGAAGCCCCGCCCGUUCCUGUUCCUGUUCCCUGUUCUCCCAGUGGCCAAACUGAACUUAAUGCUGCUAGUCACUCAUGCGGGACUUUUUUUUUUUUCCCUUUCUCCACUGGCUGUGACGUUUUAGUCCCAGACUAAAUCAUAAAAAAUUUUGACUUCGAAAUAAAUCAACAAAAGACACACACGAUGCGUACAAGAUCUGAAAUCUGACUUUUUUUUUUCUUUCCCUUUCCUUUUUUAUUUUUUGCCACUGAAACUUGAGCCAAAUGUGCCUCUACGAGGCUGAAAGAGCGAGAAGGUCUGACGACUAUGGACGAUGCCGACUGUCUGUGUGCGCGUGUGUGUGUUUGAGCAUCGUUCACACAUUCCUUGGGACGAAAGUUCUGUUGGGGACGUGUUAGAUGGAAUUUUUUUUUUCUUUUUUUGGAUUAUCGCAUCGGAUUGAUGGAAAGUCGGACUCGCUCAUCGUUCUUUCUGAAGAGGGGACAAAAAAGCGUCAACGUAGCCAAACCCGUUCGUCUCAUUCUUCGAGUCACACACUCACGCUGAACUGUGAACCUGGUUUAACACUGUAUAUUACGAUUUAAAAAAAAAAAAAAACAAGUUCUUUCUCCAGUUUUUAUUUAUGGUCUGGUUUAAGAAAAUCAGAUGAUGGAGGUGUGUUUUUUGUUUUUUCUUUUCUUUUUUUUCCAGUCCAAACUGCCUGGUGUAACAGACAGAUUAAAAAAAAUACAUCGAACCUUAAAGGGAUUGUCUAUUAGAAUUUUUAUUUUCUUAUAACUUAAGUGCAAUAAAAUGUGGGGUUGUUGUUAUUGUUUUUUUUUUUCCUUUUUUUUGUUUCAUUUCAAGCUUCUUUCUUUGUCACUGUGUGAAAGUGUCAUAUGUGCCCAAUAAAGCUUCUAUGGUUUAUUGUA